GACCUGCGGUACCUUGGCGGUAGAGGUGGAGAUGGAUGGAUGCAGCAACGAUGGAACCCGGCUUUUUUAUAAUGAUCUAUGAGCGACGGGAGCAGAGCCGCGUUAUUUUCGGGAGACUUUGUCGCACAACCCUUCCCGCGUGUAGGUAGCGUCUGAAUGUGUGUGUCUAGCUCGCGGACCCCAUGGAGAAACACUGGCGGUGGCAACUGAAGCUCCUUUCGCGGCCGCAGCCUGCAGUAACCCGAUCCCGCCAGGGCAGGGAUUGAAGAGGCCGAGGCAAGAGCGCCGAGCGGUGAACAAAAGCCCUGGGCGCGGAGCCAGAGUCCUGGACCUGGGAGACUCCAACAAAGGACGAGGCUCAGCUAUGGUGGACCCCGUGCGAGAAGAGGAGAAGGAGGGAGCUGAAGCCGGUGGUGGUUCCGAAGGGGAGGGGGCCACAGCGGCAUCCGUGCCCCCGGAUGCCCAUGGUGCCCAGCAGCCUGCGGCUUCCUCGGCCUCCGCUUCCGCGGCAGCGCCCCGAAAGACGGAAGUCCCUGGCGGGGCCGAAGGUGGGCGGCGGGAGCAGUCGCCGCUGCUGCACCUCGACCUCUUCAACUUCGACUGCCCCGAAGCCGAGGGUAGCCGCUACGUGCUGACCAGUCCCCGUUCGCUAGAGGCCUGCGCCCGCUGCGCCGUCAAGCCGGUGGAGCUGCUGCCACGGGCCCUGGCCGACCUGGUACGCGAGGCCCCAGGUCGCUCCAUGCGGGUAGCCAAGGGCCUGUACGAGGCGUACGAGGCGGAGCGGCGGGCCAAGUUACAGCAGUGCCGCGCCGAGCGCGAGCGGAUCGUGCGCGAGGAGAAGCGACGCCUCUUCACGCCGCUGGGCACCGCCGGGGCCCCGGCCUCCGCCUCCUCGGCUUCGGCCCCGAGCGCGGGCAGCAGCAGCAGCUGCAGCAGCGCCAGCCUGCCCGCGUCCCCCGCGCCCCGUGCCACCCGGAAGACCUCUCCCAGCCCUUCCUCGGCCCGGGCUAAACCACCGCCCGCGGGUGCUCGGACAGGUCGGAAGAGUCACUCGCUGGACUCGCUGUCCCGCCGGCGCGACGGGACCCUCAGCUCCGAGUCGGGCGCGUCGUCGUCGUCCUACAGCGGGGAGAGCCUUCGGGAGCUCCGUUGGCAUCCUCGGGCCUCGGCGGCCAGGAACAGCUGUCCAGCGGGCUCAGCGUCCUCUGCACCCAACCCGCUGGGUCGUCCUUCGGCCCUGACGCUGGUUCCGCUCACGGCGCGUAGCUUCAGCCUGGGCGACCUGAGCCACUCGCCUCAGACGGCGCAGCACGUGGAGCGCAUCGUGCGCCAAGUGCGCGCCGAGCGCGGCCUGCGCGGGGUUCCCGAGCGCGACCGGAAGAUCGCGGCGCUCAUGCUGGCGCGACACCAGGAGGAGCGUCUGUUGCUGGAGCAACGCGCCGCGGCCCACGGCCAGUGGGAGCAGCAGCGCGUGCGCGCCGAGCAGCGCCGCGAGCGCGAAGAGCGCGAGAAGCAGCGCGCGCUGGAGCAGGGCCGCCGGGCCUGGGCGGCGCAGGUGGAAGAGCGGCGAGGCCGCCGGGGCCGCGAGGAACGGGAGGCGGCCCGGCGACGGCAGCAGCAGUGCGAGCGCAGCGAAGAGCGGCGGCGGGAGCUGGCCGAGCGCCAGGGCGUGCUGCGGAGGGAGCGGGCGGAACGAGCGGCUCGGGACGACCGGCUGCGCAAGCUGCAGCAGGAGCAGAAUCUGAAGCAACGGGAGGAGGGCCUGCAGGAAGGGCGGGAACGGGCCGAGCAGCUCCGCAGGGAGCGCGCCCAACGCGCGGCGCGCGCCAAGCAGCGGCAGGAGGGCCAGUUGCUGCGGGAGAAGCGGGAGCUGAGCCGGGCGGAGAGGGCCCGUCACGAAGCGCUGCUCCGAGGUCGAGUCCGGCAGCAGCACGAGGAGCGCGAGGGCCUGCGCAGCUCCCUGGAGGCCAGCUUAGGCCGCGCGCAGGAGAACUACGAGCAGCUGCUGGAGCUGCGCACCCGGGAGCUGCGCGAACGGGCCCGGAGGGAGGAGCUGCAGGGUCGGCGGGCCAAGGAGGCGGCGGAGCGCAAAGAGCGGGAGCAUCAGGCGCACUUGGAGGCUUUGGCCCGCGCCGGCGAGCGACGGCUGCAGCACGCGGCGCAAGUAGCCGAGGAAACCGUGCAGCAGAAGGCCCGGCGCGUGGUCCAGACCCGGCUGGAGAAGGAGAGGACCCAGCGGGCCAACAAGGAGAAGGUGGAGAGGGACGAAGACUGCCGCCGCCGGGAGCUGCUCCAGGCCAUCGGACGCAAGCUGGAGCGCAGUGAGCAGCUGUCUCGAGAACGGCGCACCGCGCUGGAGAGCGCGCGCUCCACCGCCCGGGCCUCCUUCCACGUGCGCGAGAAGGUGCGCGAGGAGACCAACACACGCUCCUUCGACCGCAUGGUGCGGGAGGCCCAGCUGCACGCCAGCCUGGACCGCAAAUGACUGUGCCGGCCUGACUGGUCCACACAGCUUCCCUCAGCCACUUUGACCAAACCAUGGAAAUCUCCAGUCCAGGUUCUUCUGAUCAUUGAGGCAGUGAGAGGAUGGACAUGUAGGACUUUCUGGUCUGACACCUGUUUUUUUUUUUAACUUACUUUGGAGAUGUCAUGGCACAAUCUGCCCACACCCACCUUUGCCAAACCCCAAUAUGUCUUUUGGGUUGGUAUGGAGAGUAGCUAGGGAGGAAAAGGGGCCCUAGGAGAGAGCACAGAGGAGACCGUGGUGGCUGCGUCUCUCUGAUAUUCAUGGCCACGAUGAAUUUUGCUUGUGGCAGCUGAGGGAGCAUCUCCUCUGUUCACCUCCAUCUUUCAAAAUACAAGUUGCACAAAGCUGGAGAUCUCCCAGGAAAGCACAACUCUUCGAAGGUGUCAGGCCAUGCACAAGUGACCCAGAAAAGCUGUUGGUUUAGACUACUGGGCUGAUAAUUUGAUACCUGAUCAAAUUCUCUUGUUAGUUCUCAGUAGUUUUUCAGUUGAGUUCCCCUUAGACAAUCAUCUGCAGAUAAAGACCAACUUGUCUUUUCCCCCCUUCUAUUAUUCUCCCAAGUGGCACAGGAAAUGGGUUGGAUUGGUAAUGCUGUUUAGCUUUAAUGGAAGCCCUCAGAUCCUGGGAAGUGGUGGUUUCCUUAGGCAGCAGUGUUCCAAUCCCCCCUCCCCCGUGAAGCUUCAUUGCAGGGUGAUUUAUUUCAGCAGAGGCAGUGUGUAAUGCCCACCUCCCAGUGUGGGACCGGCUUCUGCAGACAUCAGCCAUGCCUUAAGAAGCAGUGCUACCUUACGUGCCUGCCCAGGCCAUACUUGCCUAAAACUCCAGCCCUGAAUGCAGUCUGGUGGGUGGGCCCCAGAGUGUUGGGAAUGUAGGAUUCCCUCUGUGAAGGAAUCAGCUCGGUGCUCUAAGGACAGUUAAGGGUCCUUGGCUGCUUACUUGUGGUGGCCGGAAGGGCUGGAACUGCCUCUGUUGAGUUGUACUGUUGGUAGGUUAUCUCUCCUCCCUCCCCAGGAAAAGUAUUCCCCUUUAAUUCCUGGUACCUUUCACCUAUGCCUGAAGUAUUUAAUCAGUCUCUUGGUGCCUCACCUUUCCCAUCUGCCAGAUGGGGCCAUCAGAACUCCUCUUCUGGUACCUCAAGGUCUUCUGGACCCAAAGCACCAUGUCAGUGUUAUUUGUUGGUCUCAUUUGUGCCUUUCUUGACCUGGAGUUGGGAGGUAGGAGGACUGCUGUUAACCUAGUUUGUUUCUGGGAACAUGGGUUCCUGGCAUUUAGACAGGGCAGUGCAUCACAGACAGAUGGUCACUUAGCCUCUGGAUGGGGGAGGAGAAGUACUUAACAAUACUAGACCACUCCCUAUCCAAAGGUCCUGUUACCAACAGGCAAUUUUAACCCCUUAGAGUGCUUCUUUCAUGAAGCCGAAAAUGGCCCUACUUAUAUCCACCCAUCGACUCUACCUUCAUAAGGAAAAGUGGAAAAUAAGGCACCCCUUUUUUACAUUAAAUCAAGGUCAGGAAGCAAAAAAUUACCAAAAGAAAAAAGGAAUCAGGGUAGAGAACUAUGGUAUUAGACAUAUUCCAUGUAUAAUCUACUGGGCAGAAUUGUCCCUAAAAUGGCUGGUUAUGAUAAACACACACCUUGUCAAACCCACCCCAUCACAUACUAAGAGAAGUCUUGUGUAGAAGGAAACCAUGUUUAGAUGUUACAUGUAAGGCAAUGUGAAACCAGGAAAGAAGCUGUGUAACCAAGCUUGUUUCUCAAAUGAGUAAUUUUCCCCGUAAUUUUUCUUCUUGUCAGUGAGUUGUAAUAAUUGGUAUUGUCUAUGAGUCAGGAGCAUUUAACUAAAAAGUUAAUGUGA